GGAAGAGGGAAAUGGAGGGUUUAACAGCAAGUGAAAUAGCAGGGUUUGGUGUAGGUACUCUGCUUUUGUUAUCCACUGUUGCUGCUCCUAAACUUGAUGCUUUCUUUUCUUCUCAACAGAGAAGUUCUUUAGGAAUGUGCAAGAAAUGCGGCGAUGUGAGGUUGAUAGCAUGCUCAAGAUGUAAAGGAACAGGUUUAGUUAAAUCAAAUGAACCAUUCAAUUUCAAUUUCAUGGAUGACUUGUAUCCAAUUUUAGGUGUUGAUGAACCAAAAAUAAAGUCAAUCGGAUGCUCAAAAUGUCAAGCUAAAGGUCGCUUCUUCUGCCCGGAUUGCUCUAAUAUACGCCCCCAAGUAUGAUUCGUCAUAGCUAGUCUGUAAUAUUAUUGCUUUCAUAAUAUUGUAAUAGUUGAUUGACUUUGCGUCCGAAUGAGAAACUGUUCUAUAUCCCAAUGCAGAAUGCUGCAAUUGGUCUUUGA